AUGUGUAUGGGGCGAGAGGGCUGUAGGUACAACGAACUCCGGGACGGGGAGACUACAGACGACACCCCCGACGACGGGCGCAUCAUCUUCGUCAACGCCACCGAUAACACAACCGAUCUCUCCAACGCACUCGCGCUCGACAUGACGUACCGAGUGCUGUACUACGGCCACGAAAACCAGGUGAUGCGAGUACCCCUGCCGAGCGACCUGGUCGCCGAGGGAAUAUGGCACGCCGCCAACGGCACAGCCGACGGCCUUGCGGAGGCGUUCGUCACCCUACCCGGCGACGAGCGGCCGGGCUACCUGGAGAUGGAUCUCAGGCCCGACAAGAGAUACCUCUACUUGACCGUCCCCGGCAACGACAGCGUGCCGGACGGAAGGAUCUACUUUGUGGACGCUCAGGUUCGAGGGAAGGACGGAGGGGAGGACGGGGUGGUCAUUAGAUGCGACCUGGAUGGGACCUCGGUGGAAAUUGCCGCAUCUCAGAACAUGUCGGAUCCACGGGCCCUCGUGCUAGACGUGAGGCUCGCCGUGAUGUACCUCACCGACACGCACGUCCCCUCGAUCAUGCGGGGAAACAUGCGGAACUACACCGACGAAGGGAUCGUCACGAUAUUGAGCGGCGUGACCCAAGAGCGACCCGGCGUGCUCCAAGUAGAAGAUUACUACCAGGCCCUCACAGACCCGCAGGCCCUCCAGCUAGACACCAGGCUAGAGGAUCUCGACCUGCUGUACUUCUCCGACUACGGGACGGGAUAUAUUUACUCGGUUGAAACCGACGGCAACAACGCGAACGCAUUGAUGCGCAUGGGCAGGCCCAAGUCUUUCGUCUUCGACCUCGGAGAAGGCUACCCUACUUUCACGCUCUACUACGACUGUCACGGCCACGGCGUGUGCAGCGGGGCGCCGUACUUCACUUGUUCUUGUGACGACGGGUGGGAAGGAAACUGCGCGCAGAGAUCGUGCCCGGAGGGCCCGGCUUGGUUUGACGAAGCAGCCACCGACGGGACGGCGCACGCGUACGCCGAGUGCUCCGCCCGCGGCCUCUGCGACCGCGAGACGGGCGUCUGCGCGUGCAGCGAUGGUUUCACAGGCGAUGCGUGUCAGCGUAUGACGUGUCCCAACGACUGCAAUGGUAAUGGCAAAUGCUUGUCCCUGCGGCAGCUCGGGCUGUUAGCGCUAGAUUCCGACUACGUGCCGAGUCCGUUCGUGUACGGCUCGACGGCCGGAAACCAAUUAACGUGGGAUGCGGAUGCUGUCUACGGUUGCUACUGCGACUGGAUGGGGUAUCAAGGUGGUGGUCCUUCGUAUACGAACCUGUCUGAUUGGACAGGCUACGACUGCAGCCGGAAGUCUUGCCCGACGGGGGACGACAGAAAGGCCGCGAUGUUUAACUCCACCGACUUUGAGCGGCAGAACCUCACGUGCACCUUGGGCAGCGGCGUCGUGAACGCCUCCUUCUCAAUCUCAUUCAGGCAGGGGACCACCGACCUGAUGACCGGAAAUUCUACCCUGUUGGAUCUGGAACAAGCACUGGAAGGCCUGAGCACCAUCGGAGACGUAGAGGUGACCAUGGUAGGACACGACAGCGAUUCCCACGCCACCGCAAUGCUCUGCAACUCCUCCAGUGGCCACCCGGCGUCUAUCGUCUUCAAGACAGAGCUCGGAGACCUCCCUCUCCUCUCCAUAGCCACGUCCACCUCCUCUCCCUCCUCCUCCUCCUCCGAUAGCACUGUAAGCCUCGAGGUUGCCGAGGUCACCAGAGGCACCAAGCUCGACGCGGAGUGCUCGCGGCACGGCUACUGCGACUACGCCGAGGGAGAGUGCGUGUGCUUUGACGGCUGGGCCAGCAGCGACGGCGACGGCGCAGUCGGACACCGGCGGGAUUGUGGGUGGUUCCCCGGCGAAGCGGGUGCCGUGGAAACGGUUUAG